UAAUUUGGUAAACUUUGGGGAAAUUUUGUGUUUUCUCUCAUCUCUUUUUAUAGCUGUGACUAAACUUCAUGAUUCACGGGGGCAAUUCUUAGACUGAUAAACGACGGCGUCUUGCGGCUCCUUCUUCUUCUCCCUCCGGUCUCCUUCUUCGACAUCGCCCGGUAGUAAACUAGAGAGAAGCAGAUACAGAAGCAGAGCGCAAUGGCGUCGUACGUAAGCAUGGGCGAAGCCCACAGAAGAAUCACCGAUUACCUCAACCGGUUCUCCGACGCCGUUUCCUACCAGGACGGCUCCUCCCUCAAGCGCCUCCUCUCAAUCUCCUCCGACUCUCCCUCUCUCCUCUCCCUCUCCGACGCCCUCAACGUCUUCCAGGACGCUAGCAGAUUGAUUAAACAGUUUGACAAGUACUCACAAUUUGGGGAAAUUCUGGUUCCCCUAUUUCGCUCGUUACAGAACUACAGACUCGGUCACCUGGUCGAAUCCUACCAGUCUUUCGAAAAAUCUGCCAAUGCAUUUCUUCAGGAGUUUCGGAACUGGGAAUCAGCUUGGGCUUUGGAUGCACUAUACGUGAUUGCUUACGAAAUUCGGGUUCUUGCAGAGAGGGCUGAUAGAGAGUUGGCUUCAAUGGGGAAAAUCCCGGAGAAAUUGAAGGGGGCAGGCUCUUUCCUCAUGAAAGUGUUUGGGGUUCUUGCUGGAAAAGGCCCCAAACGUGUUGGGGCGUUAUAUGUCACAUGCCAGCUGUUUAAGAUUUAUUUCAAGCUUGGUACAGUUCACCUUUGUCGAAGUGUAAUUAGAAGCAUUGAGACUGCUCGUAUAUUCGAUUUUGAAGAAUUUCCGGUCAGAGAUAAAGUCACGUAUAUGUACUACACAGGCCGUUUGGAGGUGUUCAAUGAAAAUUUUCCUGCGGCUGAUCAUAAGUUAUCAUAUGCCUUGACGUAUUGCAAUCCUCAUCGCGAAGCAAAUAUAAGGAUGAUUCUGAAGUAUCUGAUACCUGUGAAACUUUCAAUAGGCAUCCUACCUAUGAUUUCUCUCCUGGAGAAGUAUAACCUGGUUGAGUACAGUAAUGUCGUGCAAGCAAUGAGAAGGGGUGACCUCCGGCUACUAAGACAAGCUCUUCAAGAGCAUGAAGACCAGUUCUUAAGAUCGGGUGUCUAUCUUGUCCUAGAAAAGUUAGAGCUCCAAGUUUAUCAGAGAUUGAUAAAGAAGAUCUACAUCAUCCAGAAGCAAAAGGACCCUAGUAAAGCACACCAGAUCAAGUUAGAAGUAAUUGUCAAGGCAUUGAAGUGGCUUGAGAUGGACAUGGAUGUCGAUGAGGUUGAGUGUAUCAUGUCCAUAUUAAUAUACAAGAACCUUAUGAAAGGGUACUUUGCGCACAAGAGCAAAGUGGUGGUUUUGAGCAAGCAAGACCCGUUUCCCAAAUUAAAUGGCAAACCGGUGAAUUCAUAGAGAUGGUUCGAAGGUAAUAUAUUUGUGCACGCUUUAUUCAUGACACCAUGAGAGCGAGGCCAUCUUCCUAUGGUUGCCUUGGCUUUUGAUCUGAUUAUGGUAGAAGAGUGUCAAAUGGAACGAGAUUACUUUCCUCUAGGGUAAGUAUUGUAUGGUGCAGUCAAAUUAAUCAGUUUUCUUUACAUAUAUUCAGAGGACAAAUGGUUGAUUGAAUGGCUUGAGACUGCCAGCUAAGUCAUGAAAAGUUUUGAGGACUAGUGGGGAAAAAGUUUAGUAUUCAGGUCAAUGAAUGGCUUCCUGAUACUUCAUUAUUACA